UAGCAGGGGGUUUAGCGUCGUCAAUGGGAAGCACACGCCACGGUGGAAAAGCGAAUACUGUCUAGCUAACUUCCAUUUACAACAUGGGUUCCACGUCGAUUCCGUGUUUGUGGAUUACAUUUUGCAUUCAUUUAUGUUGUUUUAUGGACACUGGAAAAGCACAGAAUGCGAAAGAAGUGAUUCUGUUGGAUUCCAAGGCGCAGCAGACAGAGCUGGAGUGGGUAUCCUAUCCUCCUAGUGGGUGGGAAGAGAUCAGCGGGUUGGAUGAAAACUACACCCCCAUUCGCACAUACCAGGUUUGUCAGGUCAUGGAGCCGAAUCAGAACAACUGGCUUCGGACUAGCUGGAUAGAGAAGGGCGAUGCCCAGAGGAUUUUUGUGGAACUGAAGUUCACGUUGAGGGAUUGUAACAGUCUACCCGGUGUGGUGGGCACGUGCAAGGAGACAUUCAACCUGUAUUAUCAGGAAACCGAUUCGGAAGUCGGCAGGAAUAUACGAGAGAACCAGUACGUGAAAAUUGACACAAUCGCAGCAGACGAGAGCUUCACUCAGGGGGACCUGGGAGAGAGGAAGAUGAAGCUGAAUACAGAAGUGCGCAUCAUUGGGCCGCUGUCCAGACGAGGGUUUUACCUGGCCUUCCAGGAUGUAGGGGCAUGCAUCGCUCUGGUCUCUGUCAAAGUUUAUUACAAGAAGUGCUGGUCCAUCAUUGAGAACCUGGCCACUUUCCCAGACACAGUGACGGGGUCAGAGUUCUCCUCUCUGGUCGAGGUCGAGGGCACGUGUGUCAGUGACGCCGAGGAGGAGGCCGACAACUCUCCCAAGAUGCACUGCAGCGCAGAGGGGGAAUGGCUGGUGCCUAUAGGGAAAUGUAUAUGCAAAGCGGGAUUUCAUCAGAAGGGUGAUGCAUGUGAACCAUGUGGCCGUGGGUUCUACAAGUCCUCGUCCCAGGACCUGCAGUGUUCGCGCUGCCCAGCACACAGCUACAAUGAUCGGGAGGGCUCGUGGCGCUGCGACUGUGAGGACGGCUACUACCGGGGACUCUCGGACCCACCCUCUGUGGCCUGCACAAGACCUCCCUCGGCGCCACAGAACCUGGUCUACAACAUCAACCAGACCACGGUCAGCCUGGAGUGGAGCCCGCCGGCCGACACGGGCGGCCGCAAUGACGUCACCUACAGGAUUAUGUGCCGGCGCUGCAGCUGGGAGCCCGAGGAGUGCGUAGCGUGCGGGGGGAACGUGGGAUACUCCCCCCAGCAGGCGGGAUUAGUGGACACCUACGUGAGCGUGGUGGACCUGCUGGCCCACGCCAACUACACCUUCGAGGUUGAGGCAGUCAACGGGGUAUCUGACCUCAGCCGCACCCAGAGGCUGUUCGCCGCAGUCAGCAUCGCCACCAGUCAAGCAACUCCCUCCCAAGUCAGUGAAGUCAUCAAGGAGAGAGUGCAGCAGCGCAGCAUCCAGCUCUCCUGGCAGGAGCCUGAGCAGCCCAAUGGGGUCAUCACCGAAUAUGAGAUCAAGUACUACGAAAAAGACCAGAAGGAUCGCAUCUACUCCACAGUGAAGUCCAGGUCCACGUCAGCCACAGUGAACAACCUGAAGCCCAGCACUGCCUACGUGUUCCAGAUCCGAGCCUUCACCGCGGCCGGCUACGGCACCUAUGGACCCCGGCUGGAGGUCACCACCAAGGAGGAGGCCUCAGCAGCCACCAUUGUCUCCAGCGAGCAGAAUCCCGUCAUCAUCAUCGCGGUGGUGGCCGUGGCGGGGACCAUCAUCCUGGUUUUCAUGGUGUUCGGCUUCAUCAUUGGGAGAAGACACUGUGGCUACAGCAAGGCAGACCAGGAAGGAGACGAGGAGCUGUAUUUCCAAUUUAAAUUUCCAGGCACCAAAACAUACAUUGACCCUGAAACCUACGAGGACCCGAACAGGGCUGUCCAUCAAUUUGCCAAGGAGCUGGACGCAUCCUGCAUUAAGAUUGAGCGAGUUAUUGGAGCAGGAGAGUUUGGGGAGGUGUGUAGUGGACGGAUGAAGCUCCCAGGGAAACGGGACAUGUCAGUGGCCAUUAAAACCCUGAAGGUGGGCUACUCAGAGAAACAGAGGAGGGACUUCCUGUGUGAGGCCAGCAUUAUGGGCCAGUUUGACCAUCCCAAUGUUGUCCAUCUGGAGGGAGUGGUGACCAGAGGCAAACCGGUGAUGAUUGUGAUUGAAUAUAUGGAAAACUGCUCGUUAGAUGCUUUUCUCAGGAAACACGAUGGUCAGUUCACAGUGAUCCAGUUAGUGGGGAUGCUGCGGGGCAUAGCAGCGGGGAUGAGAUAUCUCUCCGACAUGGGGUAUGUCCAUCGAGAUCUGGCUGCACGAAACGUACUUGUCAACAGCAAUCUCGUAUGUAAAGUGUCUGACUUCGGCCUGUCAAGAGUGAUCGAUGACGAUCCCGAGGCUGUCUACACAACAACGGGGAAGAUGCAGGAUAUAAUGAAUUUGAUCUUUACUCCAGCCACUGACCUGCAUUUUACUGAACAGGGUGGAAAAAUACCUGUUCGAUGGACAGCAAUGGAAGCCAUCCAGUACCGUAAAUUCACUUCCGCUAGUGAUGUGUGGAGUUAUGGCAUUGUCAUGUGGGAAGUCAUGUCCUAUGGGGAACGGCCUUACUGGGACAUGUCCAAUCAAGAUGUGAUAAAGGCCAUAGAGGAGGGGUACCGCCUCCCUGCUCCCAUGGACUGCCCUCCAGGCCUGCACCAGCUAAUGCUGGACUGCUGGCAGAAAGACAGGGCCGAUCGUCCCAAAUUUGAUCAAAUAGUUGGCAUCCUUGAUAAGAUGAUUCGCAAUCCCAAUACCUUGAAAACCCCGGUGGGAACCUGCACGAGACCGAUUAGUCCCCUGUUAGAUCAGAGCACACCAGACUUCACUACUUUCCGCUCGGUUGGGGAGUGGCUGGAGGCCAUCAAGAUGGAGAGAUACAGAGACAACUUCACCGCUGCUGGCUACAGCUCACUGGACUCUGUGGCCAGGAUGUCAAUUGAGGAUGUGAUGAGCUUGGGGAUCAGUUUAGUGGGCCAUCAGAAGAAGAUCAUGAGCAGCAUACAGACUAUGAGAGCCCAGAUGCUGCAUCUCCAUGGUACAGGAAUCCAGGUGUGAUGACAGACUACAGUGCCCCCUGUGGACGGGCUAUCUAGAGCAGCACUAAGGCAAAACCUCCCAGGAUAAUCAUUGAAAAUCAUGUGACGUGACGUCGUCUCCUAUCUGACUAUUUUUUUUCCGGAUGUUUCGGAAUGAAAUAAUUCCUGUGAUCCUUGGCAAAGGAUUUUAACCCCUCUUUAGAACGGGUACUAAGGAGAGAAUGACAGAAUACUACCUGAACAUGAUGCCGAACUUAAAACGCUCUGAGGAACUCUCAACAACAUAUCAAAUAGAGAUGGAGCUUUGGAAAAUGAGUUUGAUACGUAUUACCUUGUUCUUUUAACCUCGUGAAUGAUUUUAUUUGUGCACCAUGAAAAUGGAUUUCACUUUAAAAAAAGGAAAAAGAAAGAAGAUUUCAAACAAUUUGUUUAUUCCCCUUGCGGUGGUUUUUCAGUAUUUUCUUUACUAGUUUGUUCAUUUUGUUAGUGACAGGAGCCACAGUGAUAUGGUGUGGUACGUACAGUAAUCUUUCAUUUUUAUUUUCCCCUUACAAUUUUUUUCUUCCUUUUUUUUCUAUUUUGGACUUGACAACAGGGUAAACGCUCCCAUCCAAAAGGAUGAGUAUGGUGUCUGAACAUUUUGGUGGAAAUGAUUUCGAGGUACUUUGACCAGUUUGUCUUGAGACACUACUGGCUGUUUUAACUGUUUGCAGUGAGUUGUGUUUUUUUCUUCCUGAUGUUUUUGAAGUGAACAACGGUAUGCUGCACCUCAGAUAAGUGACUUCAGAGAUAGUAGUGUUCUCUCGGUCGUUUGAAGCUUACAGGAGUGCUUUGCUGUACGCAUUUGCCUGAACACAGAUGCUCCCAUUUUGUGAUGGAAAAUCAGAUUUCAAAUUUGUAUGUCGAAAUUUUGAAACAGUAUGACACCAAUCAUUCAAGUUGAUUUGAGAUUGAUCACAACUUUUAUAUCUAAUAUCAAGCAUCAAAGUGGCAACAUUCUUUACAUGUUCAUGUUUACCACAUGAAUCAUUUGAUCAUAUUGUCCAAUGUGCUUUCAAUCUGAACUUUGAUUUCCGUUGUUGAAUUCAUCAAUUGAACGUUUCCACAGAUUGCUCUACAGAAAGAUUGUAUUGAAACUUAAUGAGAUGACUUGAUCCACUGCAAAUGGUGUUGCCAUUGAAAUCCCCCCCCCCCCAAAAAAAAAAAUGUUGCAGCAAAUGGCAUAUGUUUUGUAUUUUAGUGAAUACGGUGGUUGAGGGUGAAUCUAGGAAAUGCUGUGUACGCACUUUCCAGAAGUAAUAAUGCCUUAAAAUGUGUUAGACUAAUAUAUUGACAUUAUUUUUAGGCUAUUCAAUGGCAAUGAUUUUUGCAGUUCAGUGAGACAGGUCUUGUGUCUGAAUGGAAAGGUUCCCCAUUUUCUUUGUGGUAUCAUUUCAUGCAGGUUGACGUUUAUUGUUACGAAUCUUUCCCUGGAGGCAGAACUGAGCAGUUUCUGCUAGAUGGGCCAGCUGCAAAAUCUAAAUUGGCUAUAUUGUAAAAAUUCAUGAAAACAAACAUUCGCUUUUUGGUCUUAAAUGAAGGUACGGGUUAGACAUUAGGGUUAGCAGUGUGGUUAAAGGAAAGGAAAGGGAAAGGGGGAUACCUAGUCAGUUGUAUAACUGAAUGCCUUCAACUGGAAUGUGUCUUCUGCAUUUAACCCAACCCCUCAAGGCUAGGGUUAAGGUUAGAGUUUAGGUUUGUGGUUGUGCAAGCUAGUGACCACCCUGCAGAGCUGCCUCCAAGGCAAGACUUAAUGAAAGUAAAUGCCAACCUGCUCCAUUCAUCCUGAACUUGAAAAUCAUGCACACUUGCGUAUGUUGAAUUUCACGAUUGAUGAUUGAUGAUUGACCAAACAAAGCAAUAAUUAGUCCAGGUAGAAAUGGUCCAUCUCAGAGAUUUGAAGGUGCUAGGUUUUACAGAAAUGCCUGUUGUGCUGGGAUAAUAUACCGGUAUACUUAAGUUAUCAAAUCAUUAAAUAGUAAUGCCACUUACGAAAUGGAAUCCCCGAAUAUGCUAAUGACUUAAUAACAAGGUCACUGUGUAUGACUAUAUUUGGAACAUAUGGCUGUAACCGUGGGGUGAAAUGACAUUCAAGCAGCAGAGAGGCACACGCAUUAGUCAUGACAUCAUCCUUUCCAUUGCACCACACUUAAUUUGAAGGCCUUCAGUUUGGCAUGAGGUACUUACAGCAUCUAAUAACCCAAUAUCAUGAUAUAUAGAAAAUCCUGAUACUCCUUAUUACGAUGAUCAUACUGUGAAAAUCACUUACCGUCCCAGCCCCAGCCAUUCAGGAGAGCCAGGCAAACAGUAUGGGUGAUGUAACAUGCAUAAAAGUGUUUCCAUGCUUUUUUCCCCCUUUUUUUUUUACUUCCCUGCCCCUUUGUAUGCUAAUCAGGGCACAGAGAUUAGGAAUGGGCUCUGCAAAGAUGUGCUAAAAAGCCAACCUAAUGGUGCCAUCAGUCUUCACCUUUUACCACAAAAUGAAUGUUAUCAUAUAUGUAUUCAGCAUUGUAUUAUUCUCUGACAAAUGGUUGGUUCACUCAUUUCUUUCUCAUUAAAAGUAAGGAAAAUAUAGAUAUUUCCAACUGCAGUUGUGUAAAAAAAAUAUGGGGGGGUUCACAGUAUUUUGAACAUACAGUACCAGUCAAAAGUUUGGACACACCUAGUCAUUCAAGGGUUUUCCUUUAUUUUUACUAUUUUCUACAUUGUAUAAUAAUAGUGAAGACAUCAAAACUAUGGAAAAACAUAUGGAAUCAUGUAGUAACCCGAAGAAGUGUUAAACAACAGUUUAGAUUUUAGAUUCUUAAAAGUAGCCACCCUUUGCCUUUGACAGCGUUGCAGACUCUAGGCAUUCUCUCAACCAGCUUCACCUGGAAUGUUUUUCUAACAGUCUUGAAGGAUUUCCCACAUAUGCUGAGCACUUGGCUGCUUUUCCUUCCCUCUGCGGUCCAACUCAUCCCAAACCAUCUCAAUUGGGUUGAGGUCGGGUGAUUGUGGAGGUGAUCUGUUGCAGCACUCCAUCACUCUCCGUCUUGGUCAAAUAGACCUUACACAGCCUGGAUGUGUGUUAGGUCAUUGUCCUAUUGAAAAACAAAUGAUAGUCCCACUAAGCCCAAACCACAUGGGAUGGUGUAUCGCUGCAGAAGGCUGUGGUAGCCAUGGUGGUUAAGUGUGCCUUGAAUUCUAAAUAAAUCACAGACAGUUUCACCAGCAAAGCACCCCCACACCAUCACACCUCCUCCUCCAUGCUUCAUGGUGGAUGCCACACAUGCUGAGCUCAUCUAUUCACCUACUCUGCGUCUCACAAAGACACAGCGAUUGGAACCAAAAAUCUCAAAUUUGGACUCAUCAAGGACAAAUUUCCACUAGUUGAAUGUUCAUUGCUCAUGUUUAUUGACCCAAACAAGUCUCUUCUUAUUAUUGGUGUCCUUUAGUAAUAGAUUCUUUGCAGAAAUUCAACCAUGAAGGCCUGAUUCACGCAGUCUCUAACUCUAAUGAACAUAUCCUCUGCUGCAGAGGGUCUCUCUGGUUCUUCCUUUCCUGUGGUGGUCCUCAUGAGAGUCAGUUUCAUCAUAGCGAUUGAUCGUUUUUGCAACUGCACUUGAAGAAAUUUUCAAAGUUCUUGACAUUUUCCAUAUUGACUGACCUUCAUGUCUUAAAGUAAUGAUGGACUGUCUUUUCUUAUUUGACCUGUUCUUGCCAUAAUAAGGACUUGGUCUUUUACCAAAUGAGGCUAUGUUCUGUAUACCACCCCUACCUUGUCACGACACAGCUGAUUGGCUAAAACACAUUGCAAAGGAAAGAAAUUCCACAAAUGAACUUUAACAAGGCACACCUGUUAACCGAAAUGCAUUCCAGGUGACUACCUCAUGAAGCUGGUUGUGAGAAUGCCAAGAAUGUGCAAAGCUGUCAUCAAGGCAAAGGAUGGCUGCUUUGAAGAAAAUAUAUUUGGAUUUGUUUAACUUCUUUGGUUACUACAUGAUUCCAUGUAUGUUAUUUCAUAGUUUUGAUAUCUUCACUAUUAUUCUUCAGUGUAGAAAAUAGUAAAAAUAAAGAAAAACCCUGGAAUGAGUAGGUGUGUCCAAACUUUUGACUGGUACUGUAUAUGUACCCAAUGUUAGAGUAUUUGGCUGUGGCUAAUGCUGUCUUUGUUCCUGUGGACUCAUCAUAGAUACAGAUUUUUAAAGCUGCAGUUUUCCCAAUGAUUAUUUAAGAUGCCCUUCAAUUUGCCUGUAGAGAAUGAAAUGGUCUUCGGAAAGCCAACCCUGAAACACCAUCAUGGACUUUGGCUGCAAGCUUAGCAUUUGUAAAGCCAUUAGCGAUUUUGUCUAUUCUUUCCUAGAUACAUUUCCAUUGUGCUCAGUCCAAAGGGACUCACCCCUGUGGUAGGGGGAUACCUGGGAAUCAGACCUUGCCCAGCCUGCUCUGGGCCCCGUGUCACAGACAGACAGAGCCACUCUUUAUCCAUACAGCAAAGCUCAGCAAUUGGGUCUAUGCCAGCCCUUUGAAUUGAAUACCAGCGCAAAGGCAUUCAGUCAGCACAAAACUCCCCAGUUCACAAGGCAGGCAGCAGUCAGUCCUCGUUCUCUGCCCCUCUCCCUACUCUCCCCUGCUCUGAUCUCAAACAGCGGGCCCCUGGGGGCCUUCACACCUCGGUGCUGGAGGCCCCCCACUCCCCCUUCCCUCUCUCCCUCUGAGUCAGGGGUCCCGUAGAGACAGCAAUUUGAGCCAAAUUGAGAUUAAGACGUGGAUACAAUCGAUCCGCCAUACAAAAAAAUCUGUAACCUUCACAGGCAAUGUCACCUUUUACUGUUCACUUUUACUUUUUUUAACCCAUUUUGUGGUUGAGGAUGUUUAACUCAAUAUAUGGGGGUGUUAUUGUGUUUCAACUAAGUUUUUAAGACAGUUUGUGUGGCGGGUUUAUUGGAUUCAAAAAUGAGAAGUAAUUUAAAAAAUAUUGAAGUAGACUGGUUAAUAUUCUGCAUACCUUUUGGACAAACUGAAAUUGUGAACACGCCUUUGCAUAGAUGGUGGAUAAUUCCAAAGAGUUCAGCACUGUUGAUGGUGUCAGAGAGAUCAGAGAUCCCGAGGGAAACUUUGUAUAUGUUCUAACUGUAAAACUUGUACAUUUUAUUUAUAUUGUUGUUGUUGUUGUUUUUUUUACACACAUUACUCUGUAGUGAGCUCUGAAUACAUUGAAAAUGCACUAUAUUUUUCUAUCUCACUUGCAGAUUAUUACUGUCACCCAGAAAAUUUCAGUUGUACAUACCUUCUCAUUUAGGACCAAAGACAGCUGAUAGGUUUCCCAUUUAGAAUUGCAUUUUGUUUUUAUUUUUGCCUUUUAGUUUAAUGUACAGUAAUACGAAUUGUCAAUUUAUUAUUUAUUUUUCUGUGAUGAGAGUAUUGAAAGUAUUCAUUGGUCAAGAGUAUUUUCCCCAAACAGCAGAAGUGUAAAAUCAUUACUUAGACGAUUUCUUGUUAAAUAGACGUUUCUUUUUUUUGCUUCGUAACCUUUGUAAUAGACUGUACAUAUAUUUUUGGAAAUAUAAUACAAUCUCUAUAGAAAUCCUCUCUCA